AAACGCUAUUUGUUUGAGGAGUAACAAAACUUUCGUUUUUCGUCCUUGUAGUGUAGAGAAAUUAGCGUAAAUGAUGAAUAAUUCGCCAUAUAUUUUACAGAGGUUUGUUUCAGCGAAAGAAACUGAAGAAUUCACAUCCUAUUCUAAGGAAAAAACAAUUCACGAACAUGGAAGUAUGUCUGGAGAGGAAGCGAGAACAUUUUAUGAAGUUGUUCUUUCUUCAUCCAAUUCUGAUGCAGGAAGCGUUUUAGCGUCAAAGGAUAACAAAACGGAAAAGAAUAAUUCAAGGCAAAAGGGAAAUGGGUCAUUGGCGAAAUCAACCUACUCAAAACCAACUGAAAAGGAUUUGAAAUCCAAAAAGAAUAGUGGUCACUCCAGAUCCAUACCUACUAAAUUUCGUUCUACUUCUGAUCACAGACUAGUAAACGAUUUCUUAAAAAAUGCUCAAGAGGGAAAUUUAAGACGAGUCCAAGAACUGCUUUCCAAUGAUAGCGUAGACAUAAAUGUAUGUGACCAAUUUUCAUGGACAGGAUUGAUGUGUGCAUCUCACAAUGGGCAGAUUCACAUUGUUAAAUAUUUACUUGAGAGCGGAGCUUUGUGGAGAUCUUAUGAAGACUCACAAGGAAGAACAGCUUUCGACCUUGCAAAAAUUGCAGGACACCAUGAUAUAGCAGAACUUCUCAGAUCUUACAGUGGUCAGCGUAAAAGCCAACGCAUAAAAUCCUCUUAUGAAGAGCAUUCUGCUAUCACAGCACAACCCAAAUUUUGGUGCUCUGUAUGCGAACAAGAGUUUACAGAUCUGAAGGGUACACAUGAAGGUUCAACUGUGCAUUUGUUCAAUAUACAACGCAAGCCUCAAAAAACAUUCUAUUAUAUUCCAGAAGGCAAUGUAGGGUAUCAAUUGAUGCUAAAGUCUGGCUGGAAUGAAGAUCGAGGUUUAGGCCCAGCUGGUGUUGGAAGAAAAUACCCAGUGAAAACAGUUCUCAAGAGAGAUCGAUUAGGAUUUGGUAAUAAGGGAUGUCAACCAGCAAGAGUGACACACUUUGGUCCACAUGAUCACAGUUCUGUGAAGAGGAGAAAAUCAAUCACCAAGAAGGAAAAGAACAGAGGAACAAUGAAAAAGACUUGUAGGAGGGAAAGGGUGGCUAAAGAGAAGAAGGAAAAGAAUUGGGAAAGAAAUAUGAGGAUAUACAUGAACACUGAAUAAAAUUUAUCAUCUAAA